UGUCCCGAUGUGCAGCGGGUAACUUCGAGAAGAAGAGCUGGUUCCGGUAGGGAGUCGAUGUUGAUACGAGAGGUUUGGAGAAGGUUAACUGAAUGCUUCGCUUCUCCGGUGUUUCUGUCUGAAAGCGCGUUGACCUGUUAGAUACCAUGACCAAAGACGUUUUAACUUCCAGCGGCGAAGCCUGAGGUUGACACAUAUGGAUGUCAGGUGGAAGAGUCCAAACGAUGCGACCCACUUCUCUCUUCUCAGCUUCAGCACUAAAUAGUCACAUUGAUCAGCUGGGCAGAUACUCAAGAAACCAGCACAACACUCCUGAGGAGGACGACGAGACCAUGAGUAAGGACGAGUGUGAAGGCAGUGCUGUUCCGAAGCCAGACUCUAGCACUAAUGUCAACAGGCACAGCACUCUCACUACCUCCCUCGGGGAUCCCCUGUGCAGUAGACCAGAGCUGAUGGCAGGUCAAGGACACGAGCGCAGUCCUAGUAUCUCCCAGUCAGUGCCGAGCUACUGUCCGUACCAGCCACCUCAUGGUUUGCCCGCUGGGUACAGCCAGCCCACUCCGUUCCCCAGUCAGGUCGAGGGAUCCUGGCUUCACCCCAGCUUUGCCAGCGGCUGGUCAGGGGCACACUAUCCAAGCAGUCUGCCAUCGUUGCGGACCCCUAAAGAUUUUCCCAGCUUUUCUGGAGAAAGCUCUUACUCCAGAAACAAGUAUUUCUCCCUCCCAGGCAGGUAUAGCCCGAGUAUGAGCAGUCUAGAGCAGCCCCACUCCCUCCACUCCAACCCACUAUCAAAGGACAUGUAUCGGCAUACCCUGUUUCCCUACUGCUGCUCACCCCAGGGGGCAGCUUGCUGUGCACAAUGCCCUGCAGAUCCCUUUACAAGGGCUCCUAUGGUGCACCGAAUCUGCAGGCCCGGAUACCAUCCAGGUUAUGGUCCUCCAUGUCCAAAUGAUUUCAGAUUUCCUCCAGCAGCAUAUAUGCCGAAUGACCACAUCAGCCCAGCUAAACACAAGAACCUGCCAUAUAGCACACCCCUCUCUCUGGAACAGAGAAAAGUUUUUGUGACAUACGAAGCGGACAAUGACAAGCACGUCAAUGAGAUCAUCAACUUUGUUGCACUGCUUCGACACAACGGCUUUGAUACCCACAUUGACAUGUUUGAGCAGCAGUUCAGGAGCAUAAGCAAGAUCGACUUCAUGGAGCGGUACCUCAGUGAGAAAGAGUAUCUUAUCAUCAUCAUCAUCAGUCCAAAGUAUUAUGAGACGGUGACGGCCUCCCCAGUCAGCCUAGAAAACGAUGAGAGGACCUUCAAUACCGUCUAUAUCCAUAAACAGUUACAGAAUGAAUUCAUUCAGAACGGAAGCAAGAAUUUCAGGUUCAUUCCCAUUGUGUUCCCCGGGGCUAAAAAGUGUCACGUUCCGACCUGGCUUCAAAACACCCACGUUUAUGGAUGGCCUCGUGACCGAGAUGACAUUCUGCGGAGGCUGAUGAGGGUGGAAAAGUACAACCCACCUCCUAUCGGUGAACUACCAAUGAUUGUUUCCAUCCCCAUAUAAGCCCCUUCUGUCCUGGAGGAGAUGGACUGCAUGAAGAUUCUCCACUGAUCUGUAUUUUACCAACCGUGUUUGAGAAUCGGUGGCCAUGGCUCAGGUGAACGGGGACCGAUAUGCCAGUAUUUUCUUGUAAAUGCAUAAUUGAAGCUUUUCUAACAGACUUAUUCCAGAGAAGUGACAGACGUGUCAAAGCUGCUCUAUGAACUUCUCUCCUGAAACAUGCUGUAUAGGCAUUUAAUGUUUCUUGAAAUGCCAAAUAAUUCUAACGAGGGACACUGCCAAAUUAUGGCGUUUUUAUACCACUGGACACAAAGCCGUGGAUCUGAGGGAGAACAUCCUGCAUUUUUCACUUCAGCUUGUCAAAGGUUGCUGCUGAUAUAAAGUUGCUUUUUUUCCCAGACUGCUGUGUUUCGCUCUUAUUUGCCCCCUGGAUGUGUUUGUGCGUGCGUGUGUGAUAUGAUCGAUACCAGAUAUGAUAAACAAUUAAAUAUAAUUACUCGGUUUCGAAGAAGGGCAUCGCUCUGAAAUGUAAAAGAGCCUGUUCUCAGCAUAAGGCAAACCAUUUCGUAUUUUACCAUUUCUAGAGAAUUCUCUUUGGUAUACAUCUUUCUAGUUGGAUAGUUUACAUUUUUUUAUUUCAAACUGUGAAAAGCAGGGUUUUAUUGAAAAAGAAAUCAUCAGUCAAACAUGCUUAACCACACAACUCAAUGUUAUUGCAUUUUGCAAAGAGAAAGCAAACACUUCUGUUACUUGGUUCAUGCUGAUUCUGGUGAGCCCGGUUAAUAUCCAAUAUACUUUCUUUCAUCUGGUUUAACUUUUGCAUAAGAGGUAUUCUUAUGGUACGCUGAAUUUAUUUUACACAAAGCUGAGUGUUCUCCUGUGCUACAGUGCAAAACUAGAUAAUACACCUUCUCAUUUAGAGGUCAUUACUAAUUUUUUGUUGGAUUUUCCUAUACGCACUUGCGACUCUUAAUUUAUGGCUUAAUUCAUCUUUACUUAUUGCUCUUCCUGCCUAGCUUUUUUUCGGAAGUUGUGUGUUGAACUUCAUUUUGAUUGAGAUCAUUUUUAACUGUCAAUGUUUGCAGUAGGAUUAGCUGAGUUUGCUACAUCAAAUCACAAUAAACACG